UCUGUGCUCAUACUCAUCCGAACCAGUUGAACAAUGGAGCUGCGUUUAUUUGUGCUGAUUUUUCUGACGGGAUUAUUUCAGGGACAAUGUCAAAGUAACGGACAAGUCGUGCCGGGACUUCGUGUAGGACUCGUGCCAGUGCUAGAAAAUGGCCAGAUUCGAGCAGUGCAAUAUCUAGAGAUAGCAAGUACUGUCACGCCAGAGUCGGUGAAGGAACAAUUCAGCAGAAGACAUAUGACUCUGGCAAAACCAUUAAAGAUUGGUGCAACUGCCCAAACCAAUUUGCCCUGAAAAUGAAUCAGAAUAUGCUAAAAAGGACUUUACCAGUUAAAUUUAUUGUUAACUAAAAUUGAUUAAAAUAUGAAUCUGUUAUCUGAAAAAGAG